AUGACAAAAGAAAAAGCUGAAGCAAUAAAAACAAUGAAAUCUUCAGGUCUAACUACAAUAGACACUUACAAUUACAUGGCUACAGAGGCUGAAGGAGAACAGAAUAUAGGUCAUAGUGUUGUAGAUCACCUGAAUUUUUGCUCAAGGUUAAGAAUGGAACAAAUUGAGGCUGGAGAUGCUCAAACUUUAGUGAACAUUUUAAAUCAGGAACAAUCAAAGGAUCCAAACUUCUUUUUUAGAGUGAAGUUUGACAAGGAAGGAAGAAUUUCCAAUGUCUUUUGGAGAGAUUCAAUGAUGCUAGAAGACUAUAGGAUAUAUGGAGAUGUGCUUGUCUUUGAUACAACAUACAAAACCAACAGAUAUAAUCUUAUAUGUGCUCCAUUUGUUGGAAUAAAUAAUCACUGGCAUAAUUGUAUGUUUGCAUGUGCUUUUAUUGGGGAUGAAAAAACAGAUUCAUUUGUGCGGCUACUAGAAACAUUCUUGAAAGCUCUGGAAAAUAGAACACCAACUUCAAUAUUCACUUAUCAGGACCAAGCAAUGGCAAAUGCAAUUGAGCAGGUGCUUCCUAAUACAAGGCAUAGACUUUGUAUCUGGCAUUUGGAACAAAAAGCUAUAACCAGAUUUGGAGCUCUUAAAAAAGACAAGGAAUUCAAGUAUGCAUUCAACCAGUGUUUAAAGAUGUGUGUGAUAACACAAGAAUUUGAAGCAAAAUGGCAAGCAAUGAUGCAGAAAUAUGAGUUGGCAGCACACUCUUGGUACCAGAGAGUGUACGAGUUGAAAGAGAAAUGGUGUCCUGCCCUUAGUAGAGAUUUCUUUUCAGCAGGAAUCUUAUCAUCACAAAGGAGUGAAAGCACUAAUCAUGCAAUAGGAUUCAGAGCAAGUAAAGCAACUACCUUGACAGAAUUUUAUACCAUAUUUAAGAAAACAAUCAAUCGUUGGAGAAGCACAGAGAAAUAUGAUGAGUUUACCUGUAGCAAGUCAAUAACAUUCACUUCAUUGCCACUGUCUGGAAUGCUAAAACAUACUACACAGAAUUCUACACUUGCAUUCAGUAACAAGAAUACCAGACAAAGAGAAAGUGCAGAAGCUGCUUUUAAUAUUCCUGAUGUGGCAGACAGCAAUCACAACAAUGAUGAUGUUUCUUCGGCGUCGAGUACAAGCAUAAGUGUACCAACAAUACUUGAUCCACAAAGGGCUGUAACAAAAGGAAGAAGCAAGAGAGCAAAAGGAGGUCUUGAAAAAAACAAGAGAAAAAGAAAACCAGCACUGCCACCUCCACAUUCAGAAUUUGGAUCUAAAACACCUAAUUUGAGACUCUUUUAG